GGUGUUGCGGCAGGCGCCAUUUUAUCGAGCCGCCUGUCUCGGGUGCCGCCAUGUUGGUGAGGAGAAAUCACCGUUACGGCCAGUGUCCAAAUCCCCGCGUCGCUGCACGCCGCCCGCCCGCCCGCUCCCAAGCCUCAGCCACCGGCGGCGAAUAGAGACUAAAGCGGCAGCGCCGGCAGCGCGGGGCCGUUGCCCAGUGUUUGCAGUUAGAGCCCCAUCUCUCUGGCGUGGUUGUUAAUAGACUGGAAAGUCUGUGUCUGUGUCGCUCACUAGUAACCGUGAGUUUUUACCACUUCGUCACCUCUCGGCGGCGGCCGGGAGCAGAUACCCGCAGGCGGCGCAGGGGUCCUCCCAGCGCCCCGCCGCCGCCGGCCUCGCAGACCUGUCCUCCAGCCCCGCCCCGUUCUUGACCAAACAUGACAGACUCUGAACAUGCAGGGCACGACAGAGAAGAUGGUGAAUUAGAAGAUGGUGAAAUAGAUGAUGCAGGACUUGAAGAAACACAAGAACAGGAAGCGAAAGAGGAUGAAAAACAGAAAAAUGAAAAAGCCUAUAGAAAAUCAAGGAAGAAGCACAAGAAGGAAAGAGAGAAGAAAAAAUCCAAAAGGAGAAAACGUGAAAAACAUAAGCAUAAUUCUCCAUCUAGUGAUGAUAGUUCAGACUACAGCCUUGAUUCAGAUGUCGAACAUACAGAAAGUUCCCACAAAAAAAGAGCUGGUUUCUACAGGGAUUAUGACAUUCCAUUUUCUCAGCAUGGACAUUUAUCAGGAAGCUACAUGACAUCAAAGAAGAGUCAACAUAACAAAAAAUUUAAAAGUAAAGAAUAUGAUGAGUACAGUACGUACAGUGAUGACAACUUCGGUACCUACAGUCAGGAAACAGAGGAAGAUUUUGCCAGUCAGCUGAAACAAUACAGACAAGCGAAAGAAACUUCAACUACUGCUUUAGGAUCAUCAUUUUCUAAAGAACCAGGGAAAAAACAAAGAAUGAAAGUUCAGCAAGGUAUUGAACAGAGGGUUAAGAGUUUUAAUGUUGGUCGUGGACGUGGUUUGCCGAAGAAAAUCAAACGCAAAGACCGUGGGGGAAGAACCAAUAAAGGGCCUAAUAUUUUUUCAGGAAUGGAUGACUAUCAAGAGUAUAGUAAACCAGGGAAAAAAUGGAAGGUUAUGACUCAGGAAUUCAUUAAUCAGCACACAGUGGAACACAAAGGAAAACAAAUCUGUAAAUACUUUCUGGAAGGGAGAUGUAUUAAGGGAGAUCAGUGUAAAUUUGAUCAUGAUGCAGAGCUGGAGAAGAGAAAGGAGAUCUGCAAAUUUUAUUUACAAGGAUAUUGUACCAAAGGAGAGAACUGCAUUUAUAUGCAUAAUGAAUUUCCAUGUAAGUUCUAUCAUAGUGGAGCAAAAUGUUACCAAGGAGACAACUGUAAAUUUUCACAUGAUGAUCUGACUAAAGAGACUAAGAAACUUUUGGAUAAAGUGUUGAACAUGGAAGAAGAAGCCACAAAUGAAGACGAACGAGAAUUAGAAGAACUGAGAAAACGGGGCAUAACUCCUCUGCCCAAACCACCUCCAGGAGUUGGGCUUCUGCCAACCCCACCAGAGCAUUUUCCCUUUUCUGAUCCUGAAGACGAUUUUCAGACAGAUCUUUCUGAUGAUUUCAAGAAAAUCCCAUCUCUUUUUGAAAUAGUUGUAAAACCUACUGUGGAUUUAGCACAUAAGAUUGGGAAGAAGCCACCAGCAUUUUAUAACAGUGCCUCACCACCAGGACCACAGUUUCAGGAAAGCAGCCCACAUCCUCAACAUAUUUAUAGUACUGGAUCAAGUCCAGGUCCUGGACCUAAUAUGUCUCAGGGACACAGCAGUCCUGUGAUGCACCCGGGCUCCCCGGGACAUCAUCCUUGCGCAGCAGUGCCACACAGCCCACCUUUGCCGCCUGCUGCACCUGGAAUUUUAGGUCCUCACGGUCAAGCUGGAGUGCUCAUUCAGCCAGAUGCACCUUUGACACCACCGAGCAUGAGUGGUGCUUACCAUUGUUCGGGCUUUCCAGAACACAUGAUGAAAGUACCUAGAGAGAACCACUGUUCUCCAGGUUCCUCAUACCUGCAAAGUACUGGGGAAAUGCAGCUCAACACCAGUUAUGAGUCCCUACAAAACCCAGCUGAAUUUUAUGAUAAUUACUAUUCACAGCAUGCUGUACAUAAUUUUCAGCCACCCAAUAACCCUGGUGAUGGGAUGUGGCAUGUUGACUUUGCCCAGCAUCAGGCUCCCAUUGUUCAAGACUCUCCUAACUGUGGGAGUGGAUCUGAUGGCAGCAGCAACACGACAGGCCACGGCUCCCUGCCUGCACCGGGCCUCCUCCCUGCAGUGCAGAGAGCUCUUUUUGUCAGACUUACUCAGAAGUACCAAGAAGAAGAUGAACCAAGCAGCACCCAACCUCAGAGGGCACCAAGCAAGGAAGAAGAUGAUACUGUUAACUGGUAUUCCAGUAGUGAAGAGGAAGAAGGAAGCAGUGUGAAGUCAAUCCUGAAAACAUUACAGAAACAAACAGAAACUUUCAGGAAUCAGCAACAGCCUUCCACAGAGCUCAGCACUCCUACUGACCCAAGACUCGCUAAAGAGAAAAGCAAAGGAAACCAAGUUGUUGACCCUCGACUUAGGACUAUCCCAAGGCAAGACAUGAGAAAAUCUUCUGAAUCUACCCCACUGGAUCUUAGGCUUGCAUGGGAUCCCAGGAAAUUGAGAGGGAACGGAAGCGGUCAUGUAGGAUCUUCUGUUGGUGGAACAAAGUUUGAUUCACAUCAUGCAAAUGCUGGCUCUGUCAAACACAAAAGAGGAGAUGAUGAUGAUGAAGACACAGAAAGAGAAUUGAGAGAAAAAGCUUUCUUAAUACCUUUGGAUUCUUGCCCUGGCAUAACGCUCCAGGAUCCAAGGUCACAGCUGAGGCAGUUCAGUCACAUUAAAAUGGAUAUUAUCCUAACCAAACCCAACUUUGCAAAACACAUCGUGUGGGCUCCGGAAGACUUACUUCCAGUCCCUUUACCUAAACCUGACCCAGUAUCUUCAAUCAAUUUACCUCUGCCUCCUCUUAUCGCUGACCAGAGGCUCAAUAGGUUAUGGAAUACAAAAAGUGAUCUUCAUCGGAACACGGUGCCCACUGAUUCAAAAUCAGCAGCCAAAGCCAAAGUGAACACCACAAACAGAGAAGGCUACCUAGAACAAUUUGGAGACUUACACAGUUCAGGAAGUAAAUUAGGAGAUCCUAGGCUGCAAAAAAAUUUUGAUCCUAGACUUCAUAGACUGCACAGUACAGAGUCUCACGCAGCGGUUAUGAAGGACUCAAAUACAUUAAAGGGCACCCCUCACUUAGCCAGAUCUAACCCUGCCUCAUCCCAGCUCUCAGGGGCAGCGACUAGUAGUUCUGGGCCGGGGGCUUUGCCUCCAUAUGCCCCUAAACUCUCCUCUUCAGCUGGCCUUCCCCUGGGAACUCCAAGUUCAGUUCUUAGUGGAAUUAGUUUGUAUGACCCUAGGGAGCAUGCUUCACCAUCUGCAUCAGAGCUAGCAACAGAAAAUACAGAGAACCAGAAAAAAAGUGGUGGUUUAAAAAGUAGUGAGAAAAAUGAGCUUUCUCCUGGAGAAGCAGUCCUGCCACAGAAAUCCAGUGCGAACGUGGAAGUUGCCGCGGAUGGGCCGGCUGACCCACAGGCAGAUAGUCUCGGGAGUCCUGGUGUGGUUCAGGUCCCAGCAGUGCACAGUCUUCCUAUUCAGGCAUUAACAGGCUUAAUUAGACCCCAGUACAGCGAUCCAAGGCAGUCCAGGCAGCCAGGACAGAUGAGCCCCACUCCAGAAAGUGAUCUCAGUAAAGAACCAGAUGACAAAUCUCUGAAAGAGGUUUUUAAAACUUUUGAUCCAACUGCUUCACCAUUUUGUUAGCUAUCGUGUAAUUAAGCAAUUCUUUUCACUCUGUGACUGUUGCAGUCCUCUGCUGUUUUGUAACUGGUUUACCUCUAUAGUUUAUUUAUUUUUAAAUUAUAAAUACUUUUCAGCUGCUAGUAUCAGAACCACAUGAAGUUAUAUCCUCUAAAGCCUGUGGUAUUUUAUAUAAUAUUUUUAUAACUUUAAGAGACUGUAGUAAUUGACAUAGAAACCUAUAUAUCAUGUUAGCUUCGGUAAAAGUAAUUUUAUCGUAAAUAAACCAUCAUGAACUCGACACUCUGCCCAAGUAUAUGCCAGUCGUCUUUCAUAAUCCAUGUUUAGAUAAAUGAUUACCACUUUUAUAUGGUUGUUAGUUUCAAGCAAUAUGAUGUACAUUACUUUUGAGCAACAACAGUAUUUUGACUAGGAUCUUCUCUAUUUGUCAACACAGAAUUGAUUAAUAUGUAAUGCUAACUGCUAACUAAAAUGUAAAAUGAAGUGAAGAAAACAUUUUUAAAAUCACAAUCAGCAGAGCAGUUCGUGUUUAAGGGCAUCACUUUUAUUAGUAUUGGCAAUAUUAUUUGUGUAAAUGAAGCAUUUGAAUGUCAUAUCUUUUAAAAGUAUUUUGUUGUAUACUGUAUCAUAGAAGUUGGAGAUACAUAGAUUGUUUUUGCUAACGUGAAAAAUCCCCCAAGUUCUCUAACAUAACUUUUUAAAUUUAAUUUCUCAUAUUAAAUAGUUCUGAGUUCUUGCUGUGUUACACUGUGAUGUUUAUGUGUUUCAGUGUUGUUUGUUUUUAGCAGCAUAAUUUAUAUUACUUUUUCAAAUGAUGUAGCUGCAAUAAUUGUAUUCAUCAUGACUUUGGUAAUUUUUAACAAAAUUUUAAAAGAUCCAGUGACAGUCUGUAGUGAUUAUUGCAUUGAUAAUGUUUUAAAUGUCCAGGUUCUAUAUUUUAAAUAGCAAGAAAACACAGAGAUGGCAUAAUCAACUGUAUACGGCUACCAAUAAAGAAGCUCUUUCAGAUCUCUCCUGACUGGCAUUCUGUAACAGAAGACUGCCUGGUAUUUUAAAUGUUCUCAUAGUUUGGAAAUCCCUGAAAUUGAUUAGAAAUUGUAUUUUUAUGAAAAAUAAUUUGUAUUCAUUCUUGUGUCUUUUCUGCAGUAUAUAAAUAAUGGCAGCCCUAUUUGUUUUAUACAUAUAUUAUUUAUAACAGAAACUGAGUAUUACACUGAUAUCCAUAUCUUGAACUGGACGUGUGAGACUGCGUUUGCUGUUAACAGCUCCAAUAAGUAACUUGAGACGGAGCAUUUCACUCUAAAAGAUAAUGCAAGUGAAGAAGGUUGGUCCUUGGAUGAAAAUAACUACGCUUGAGAAGUAAUUUCAAAAAUAUACAGCAAAAUAUUUCUGUGGGAAACUAACACUCAGCUAGCAUAUGGUUUAAUAUCAAUGCAUAUUUUUUCUAUUCAUUUUUUUUUUUGCUUCGAUUCCAUGCUUAAAUGGGGUUGCAGCUAAGUGAAUAGGAACCCUGCUUACCUAAGCAGUUCAUUGUGCUCUAAGUGGAAGGACAGUUGUUCAAGGGGAUGUGAAUUUUUACUAUUCAUACUUUGGUUACAUUGUUGCCUAAAAUGGCUCUGGAUAACAUUUUUUGGUUAAAAAAUGCACUUUAAAGCCACCAUAGAAAGUAUUGUCUGAUUUACUGCCCACGUGAACUUUUAUUGUUAAUUGAAAAGUCAAUAAGUGGUUAAAACUGACAGAAAAAAGUAUGUGUGUAUGGAUACACACAUACACUUAUAUACGUACAUAAAUAUAAUACUACUUUAUCAGGAAAAGAUCCGUAAAAUUGCUGAGUUUUAGUAAUUAAACUGAAAUUUUUAGCAAACCUUUAAUUCCCUCUUGUAUUUUAUAAUUACGUUAAGUAAUGAUGUUCAUAUUUUAAAUAUUAUACAAAAAAGAUAAUUGGCUUGUUAAAGAUCCAAAUAGAAUCCAAAUUCUUAACAGAAGAUCCUUUUUACUUAAGAGAGGUGUUGAAAGAUUAAUUAAAAAGUAAGGUUUAAAAGUCAUUAAUGCAAAUUAUCAUGUCCAUUUGCUCAAUAUUCUUGAGUCCCUAUUAUGUCAGCUAGUGUGCUAGAGGCUAUUUUAUAAGAAAGUGUGGGCAUAGUUUCAAAUUUAACAAUAUAUUUUAUAUGAAAAUGUUUUAUUUAUGUCUAAAUUAUAAUUUUAAUUUUUGGUCUUUUUUAAUCAAGAUAACUUUAGCUUAGGGGUAGUCUAUCAUAUCCUGUCAAUUGAGAUUAUUUUAAUCUUCCUUUUUCCUUUUUCUCACCAAAAUUUAAUAAGUAGCCAUUUUCCCUGAUGAAUAAGGUCUUCCUUAAGAUGAAUUGGUGUUUGUUAGAAUCCAUGUAAAGUUGAUUUACACUAGCACACUGGAAAAUACUUUAUGUCCCUAUUCUUAUAAGCCAAACAUUUACAGGUAACAGAAAUAAUUGUGUCCUAAAAGAGUCUGGAUGAGACUUAUUGAUUGAGGUGUAACUUAACUAUUCCUACUGGUUUGUGACAGAAGGUUUAUACCUGGUUACUGUGAUGUCGAGUAGAAUGGGAUAUACAUCAGGGUGUUGAAUUGGAAUACCCAGGUAACCAUAAUUUAGUUUGGACAACUACUUUCCCACAUUUUAAUGUUUAGUUUUUGCUCCAGACUCCUGUCUCAGGAGCUUUCCCAGUUAGGACUUCAUUCUGAACCUGAAAGUAAACCAAAUACUGGAGUGAUUUCAAAUUCUGCUUCAGCAAUUACAUCUGCUGCUGUAGGGACCCUCUGUGUUACCCAGCUGCAUGUGCCAAACCCCAGAAUCAGGUUGCAACUGAAACAGCCUAAUUAUAGGAUGAUGUUUGCUUAGGUUUCUGUUUGUUUUUUAACUUGCCAUAAGGACUAGUUUUCCUUGCUUGUCCUACUUAUUUUAAGAGUGGAAGAAUAGUUGAUUAGUAAAGAAAUCCUGUAUGAGCGUACAUUUAAGCCACUUUGCUGAAUUAAUUAGAAAAAGAGAAGAAGGAAAGGAGAACUCAGGAGGGCUGGGGGCUUAAAGACAAUGAAUUCAUAUUCUUGUUCUGAAUUGAUUUGUAGGUGUCGUUUCUCAAUGUCCAGUUCCUUAUCUGUGAAAUGGGUAUAAUUUUGACUGCCCACAGAUUUGAGGUAAGGAGUGAAUGAAUUAUUAAAGUAUUUUUAAAUGUAAAAUUGGUUUAUAACUUUCACAGACAUAAUCAUUACACUUCCACCAGGGUGCAUCAAGCUGGUCAAAUUCCAAAAUAACAUCAUUUGUGCGGUUCACCAAUUUUAUGUUGUUUCAGAUGAUAUAUAUUGAAGACACAAUAGAAUUGUGUGAGAGGUUGUUUUAGAGAAUAUUAACCCAUCAAGUUAGCAACUCCCUUUAACAUUUUGUGUGUUAGUAAGACAUAGGACUUUUGUAAUUUAGAGCUGUGUGGACUAGUAGCAUCUAUUCAAGAUCUGACCACUCUGCCCAUUUUAUACAAGUUGGAUAUUGAUGGAGGGUUAGAAAUGCUACGACAGUCCAUAUUGCAUGGUGUAUUUGCUUCAAUUAUAGCAUGUGUGGUGUGGGCAAAGUGGCCAAUUUAUUCAUUAUAAAAGCCAUUGGCUCUUAGAAACAAUGGACAUGUUUACUCCCACUUCUUAGUAUGUAUUUCUGCAAGCACAUGACAUGGAGGUCUUUCUGAGUGACCACUUGCUUGAUAAAGGUAUCAUUUUCCUUUGGUUCAUGGUAACUUAAAGUUUGGAGGUUCCUAGGAACCUAAAUGUGAGGUCUUGUCAAAAUCCUUCCAGUUGCACAACACAAAGUCAAGGUAGAGAUGUUCUCCCUGAUUUUAUCCUUCUGGGCUUGGGCCUACACCUCGGAGAGGUGGUCUACGGUCAGGUGGUCCACUGAUAGGGCCCCUGCAAACUUUAGUAACUGGGCUUUUGUGAAUAUCUAAAAUGAAGAGUUGUAGUUAUCUUUUCAGAAAUGGGUUGGCAACACUUGAUCAUAUUUAUGGUCAAAAUUAAGUCUAGUAGGAUGUAUAAGUCAUUAGUAAACAAUUAGUUUAAAUAAGGCUUAGUUUAGGAAUGUAAGCUUUAACAAAAUGUAACCGAACAGGGCUUGAGUGUUUAAAGGUGUUUUCCUCAUGUAUGCAUUAUGAUUUAGCCUUUAUGUAAUGCCUUUCCUCUACGGAGUUUACUGUGAUCUACAGAACCAGUUUCAGUAGCUUCCCAUCACCAAGUUGCAGGGGUUUUGUUUUUGAGUAUUUUAUCAGCAGUGUCUGUCAGUUGUAAUAGAGCCCAAAUUAACCUGCUUUUCUUGGAAAGUACUAAGGACCUAAGAAAGGACUUUAGGUUAACAUCAACAUAAUAUUUAGAAUUUCUAAUUCUUAAAUAAGAAAUAAAAAGCACAUUUUAAAUGGUAUUAUAUGCUUUUGGAGGCAGGACCGAUAUGUGCCUCCUUGCUUUGCUGUUUCCCCACAGCAACAAGCCUGGUUCUAGGCACAGGGUGGCUUCUUUGUUAAUUGCUUGUUAACUGCUUCCUGACAUCCAUCCAAGUUUAGAUUUCGAUGUGGCAGAGCCAUUCCAUGAUUGUACCCAGGAGUACAAUUCAUAAAGUAUACCUCUUUCAGUAGACAUAAGGCACCUACCUUCUCUCUCUCUUCUUUUUUUCUUGCCUCCCCUCCCCCUCUCUCAACCAAACAAUGUGAAGGUAGGGUUACGGCAGCUUUACUUAGAAGUUAAAUGUUUCUACAAUAAUUCAGCACUCUAAGAGCCCCCAGAUUACAAGAUUACUACUUCAUGAUGGAAGUUUGAAUUGAUCAAUAAUUUAUUCCUGUAGAUCUAUGCAGGAUUCUUUCUAUAGCUAGAAAGAACUGCAUAUUCAGAGCCAUAUUUUUAUCUUAAAAUAUGUUUCUUUAAUUUCUCUCUUCCCCUUCUCAAAAUAUCAACCACAAUUAUGAAGGUAUGCCUAACCUAGUGAAUUUCCAUUAACGUUUCAUUUUUUCUUUUUAUCCCAACACCUUGAACGGUAAUUUACUCUUUAAAGUCAUGACGUGGACUCUACAUUGGGUCUUGUGUGUUCCUUAAUACCCUUCAUUAGCCUUUGGAAUAGAACAGUCAUAUGUUACAGUGGGCAAAAUCAUUGUGGGCACAGAGAAGAUCUAUUUCUUCAAACAAGAUUGUGAGUUCUUAGACUAGUAUUCUCUAGUCUUGUAUAUCCUUGAAUCUCUUGUUUUUUAAAACUUUGAAUUUGUCAGAAAAGUUAACAUAUAGCUAACUAUAGCAUUUUAGAAAAAUAUUAGCUCUCUGAAUUACCAGUCCCCGCAGUUCUUGGCUCAUUACUGAUUUUCAUACCUCUGUGAGGGUAUUAAGGCUAAGAGGAGCAGUAGAAUUUGCAUUAGCUAAUAUUAUUUUGUCAGAGGUCUGAUAUAUAGUGUAUUGUAAAAGAAUUAAAUAUAUAGAGCCCCCCCCAAAAAACUAGCCAUGUUAUUCCCAAACCUCCAUUAUGAGCAAUAUUUUAGUGUUAGUUGUCAGUGAUAGACUAUACAUUUUAUAGGCUUUUUAAAUAGAGAAAGUGAAAAAUUAUAAACUAAUCAUUAUUACAAGAGGUUUUUGUCCACCUCCGUUUUACAGUCGUUUCCCCUUCAGUUGUUUGAGAGGGAAGUCAAAUAAGAGAGGAAAAUAUCUUUUCAAGAGGUGGAAUGAUAUUUCCUUAUAAAAGUGACAAUCAACAAGUCAUUUGUAAUACUUACUUGCCAAAGUUUUAAAAAGAAUUUUACAUUCCUGACCCUAAAUCCCCUGCUGCCCGACCCAGGAUUCAGAAAGGGCUCCGCAGAGACCCAGGUUUCCAGGGCCCAGGUCAUUUUGGUUUUAGUCCAGGGCUUCUAUGCCUGCACAUGACAAAGGCAUUGAUGGCGCUGUGUCCUAGGACGCAAUGUGUGUCCAGGGUGGGGGUGGGGGGGAACUGGAGGGGGACGUUCUGUGUCCAGACUUACGAUCAUCCAUUUUCUGUCAGACCCACAAGCACCAUCUGUGGGCUAAAAUGCAGGUUAAACCUAUUCAGAAUGAGGCGGGAUUUUAAAACAAAGCAAAAAUUUCUAGUGUUAUUAUUUCAGUUCCCCAAGUUGUAUCUCAAAUGUUGGGGAAAUGCUGCCUUGACUGUUUCACUUUGCAAGGUUUUUGAGAUCCCAAUCUAGUAAGUUAACGGAACUGUUAAUCUACUCUCUGUUCAAAAGUUACCAGCAGGGUGUAUUUUGCUGAAUUGAUAAAUUAUUCUACUUAAGAACUAACAAAUCAUUUGAGAAAAUCAGGAAUAUUAUUUCUUCUCAUUUACUAAUAACUUUACAAGUUACGUUCUGUUGUUGCGAGUUUCUGUAAUUUUUUUUCUGUGACACCUUUCUAUCGUCUGACUUUAAAUAAAAAGGUUUCUGAUAA